AUGUCAUUAAUUGAAGAGUACUAUGAGCUUAAUGAGGCUGAAGAAGUAUUGGUUAUUUGGAAAAUUUUACAGAUAAUAUUUUAUGCAUCUGCAGCUUGUUUGGGGUUAUGGUGUGGUUAUACCAUUGCUAUUUUGAGGUUAAAAUUCGAAAACAAAUGUUAUUUAUUUACAUCUAUAAAAGUUGUAUCAGAAAAUGACAUGAAUUACGCCUCCGUCAAUUGGGAAAGUGAUUCCUGGUGUGAUUAUUGUCAAUACUGCAUGGUAUCUUCUUUCAUAGUGGCUACCAUUUGGGCUACUUUUUUUCUUAUGUGCGGAAAAGGUGGAAAGUCAAUAUCAGGUGUUGCUAUUUACAUUCAAAAAGGAACAGACUUCUUCUGCUUUCAAGUUGAUCCAAUGAAAAAUUUACAACCCAAAUCAUUGAUCAAAUAUUGCACACCAUUAGAAUUUUUUGUAUUCGAUGAUCCUCACAUAACAUCUUUUCAAAUUGAAACGGUUACAAAAACAUCUUGGGGCUGUGCUGUGUCUUGGCUUAUUCUAUUUCUCAUUUCUUUUGCUCGCAUAAUUUUUGUUAUAGAUUUUGAUUUGUACAAAAUAUGUGUUUUUAAAAUUGGAGAAAUGAUUCAAAAUAAAAAAGAAGAAGUUUUAAAAAUUACUAAUUAUGAGGAGCCUAAAAAAGUUCAUUUUGGAUAUGAAACUGGUAGAGUACAUAAUGAUGAAGUUGAAAAAGAUAAUAAAAUACAUACAAAAGAAAAAUAUUUACCCUUCCAACAACGUACUCUCUAUUAUGUUGGUAAUGAUAUAAGAAUGCUCAAUCAUGAAAAAAAUAGAAAACCAGUUUUGUUACUCGAUCAAGCAUAUAAACUAAAUAAACACAAUAUUGUUUUGAAACCAAUUAAUAUACCUGAACCAAGUUAUUGUAGUGUUAAUAAAGUACCUUCUUUUCAAAGUCAAAAUUCACUACAAGAUCUACCAGAACUUACUCCUAAUCAAUUUAAAAAUUUAAAAGAUACACUAAAAAUAGUUAUCAUACCUGAAUCCGCUGUCAUUUAUCUAUCUAUCUAUCUUGAUUUAAAGAUCAAACAAUCCCUUAAUCUAAUUAAAAAAUUUUUUGGUUUGGUUGUUUCACAAUAA